CGUCUGCGAUUCACGCGUCAGCCCUAGUAGUUUCUCUUGACAGUAAAGACGUGCGGAAUUUGAGAAACUGAGUUAACGGACACAGAGAAAGCGUUGUGCACCAUGGGAGCUUCUUCCUCCAGUCUUUUAGACGAAAGUAAAUGUAACUACAUCAGAGGACGGAGUGAGGCUGAGCUGAACAACUUCAGCCCUCACUAUAAGAGGCAGUAUUGUGUGGCGUUUUUCUCACAGCUCCAGGAUGAAGUGGAGCAGCAGCAGACAGUUCACACACAGCUCCUUAAACAGAAGGAGCCUCAACAAGCCUCUGAUUUGGUGUAUAAGGACAGCAUUCUGUACUUUGAUGACAGUAAGAAAUGGAAGGAGAGGUUUGCGACAGUGCGGGCAGACUACAGUGUGGAGCUUCAUGACAGCCAGGAGGCUUUUGCAAAAGGUACUCUUGCACGUCAAACACUCCAGCUCACAGGGGGUACUGUGCUGACCUCGGAGGAGAAAUAUUGUGCUCUAGUGGACAAGGCUUUCCCUGACCUGAACAGCUCGAAAGAGGAGGUCGCUACACCCAUGGUGACCAUUCCAGGUCCGUUUCCUGUCUUCCUGAAACUCCCAUACAGGAGAGAUGCCUACUUCAGUUUCAAAGAGGAGGACAAACAGAUUCGUUUUGUCUCUAUUCUCUCUGACUGCAUCCGCCAUCAAAACCACGACGCUCUGAAGAAGACGACAUGUGAAGUCCAAGCCUUCCUUAAGGCCAUUCAUUUCUACAGACAGGAGAAAGGACAUUAUGAAUCAUGGGAGAUGUUGGUGGGCACAGACUGUCAAGUGUUGGCCAACCUGGUGAUGGAGGAACUUUUGCCAUCUCUGCAGACAGAGCUAUUGCCCAGGCUGAAGGGGAAGAAGGCUGAAAGAAAGAAAGUAUGGUUCACGACGGUGCAGGUGACGUAUGAGCUGGUGCAGGAGCAGCUGAGAGAGGGACUGCAGAGACUGAAGGAGGAGUGCAGGGAGAUCACCAAACAGCAAGAAACACUCAUUCGUUCUGACAUGGACCAGAUCAUCAACUCCAGCAAUUUCCUGAAGUCCAAACUACAAGGCCUUGUUUCAGAGCCAAUGAUGAAGUUCUGCUCUGAGAGUGUAUCUCCAUAUCUGGCCUCCAUUCUGGAGGAACUGAUGGGUCCGGUGAGUUCAGGCUUUCAGGCCGUGAGGCAGCUUUUGGAGGCGGAGCUGAACCGAAUCAGCAAGGACUUUCAGCCGGGAGGAACUUAUGAAGAACUUACUAAAGCUUUAGAGGAGGUGUCUCAUGCCCACAUGGAGGACUGUUAUCAGCAUGUCACCGUACUUAAGGAACAGCUGCAAGAGUUGCGAAGCCGCUUCAGGUUCUCCAACUCCACGUUGGUGGUGCACAAGACACAGAGCCAUAUGCAGCAGCUGAUGGAAAAUGCUGUGUACACAUUUGAGUUGCUGCUUCAGGCAGCCAUGAGGGAUGAACCUGAGAAACUGGCCACAUUCAUGGAAAAAGCCAAGCUCCGCGUGCUUAAGCAAUAUGACUAUGAUAGCAGCACAGUGAGGAAGAGGAUUUUCCAGGAAGCUCUGGUGGACAUCACACUGCCAGCCAUCAGGAGAAACCUGGCACCCAGCUGUAAAACUGAGCUGCAGAAUUAUGAGCAGUACAUCUUCGCUGAUUACACAAACUUCAUCCAAGUGGAGAACAUCUAUGAGGAUAUCAUGCUGGAUGCCCUGAUUAAUGAAGUGAACAAAGUCGUGAAAGAAGCAGCCUCUCUGAAGAAGCACAACUUGUUUGUAGAUAGCACCGAGUUGCAAUGUCUUAGUCAGAGCAGUCUGACAGACAGCCGCACUCCGCCUCGCUCAGCCCCAUCCAGUCCAGCUAAAGUGCAGAGCAAAUCUGAGCAAAUCUCCAGUUCUGUAUUGGUGGAAAAUGGCAGUACAGAGAAGCAACCAGACAAGAAGAAACAAGAUCUUGCAGAUGAAUCAUCUCAAACAAAUGAUGCCCAACCAUCUAAAGCCAGUGAACCUUCAUCAGUACCCAGUAUCGCAUCUUGUGUUUCUGCAGAGUCCACAGAUCUAUCGAAGAUCCCUUCGAUAACUGUGUCUGAUUCCUCUGAGCCAAUAUGUGAUGCUAAAGCUCAGAGCCAAGCUAUGACAUCGACUUUGAUUUCUCCUGUAAUCAUCGUCUCAGAACCUGAGCCGAUUUCUGUUAACGUACCAAUUGAGGUGAACACAGAAAGUCCUGUUCUUCCAGCAUGCGUGAAAGAAAAUCAGAGUGUCUGUGCUUCAGAAGAGACAGAGGUUGACACUGCAAAUAAGUCUCAUUCUGACAUCUGUGAUGUUGAGUCUGCACCCCCUGAAGAGCCACACAGUGGAACAGUCCAGCCUUAUACAACCAGUGCUGAAAAUCCUUCAGUUUCCCAGACUAAAGACACAGAUGACACUCAGACAGAAACACUUUCCUGUGAUUCAUCUCCCCUGAAAGAUGACACUGCUAUCAGUGAGACGGCAGCAGAGAGCAUGAUGGAGAGCUCCAGCACUACCGACACAAACGGACUCCCUAUUAUUCCUGAUCUUUCAGCAGGAAGUGACCUGCCUGCACAGUCUGAAAAGGUAGCGCCUGAAGGCACUGCAGAUCCACACCGAGACUCUAUCACAGAGGAUCAAGAAGCAGAGGAGCCACUAGACUGCGUGAAGGCCAUCCGAGAUCUGGUGGUGGAAAUCAUUGAGGUUGAGGACAUUGUGAAUCCCUGUCCAGAUAGUAGGGGAACUCAGUAGAGGCCCGUUUAGUGAAUUACCACCUAGAGGACUUACUGAUCAUGAGCUUUUACAUACAGCUAAACAAAAUCGUACUGCGAUUGCAUGGAACUCUGUUACAGUUUAGACUUAAAUUGCUUUUCUUUAAAUACUGUAAUUAAUUCUUAUCACAUUUUUGUAAACUGACAUUCCAAGCAAAAAAGGAUAUCAGAAGUUUACAGAAUUUUUAAAAAUAUUGUUUUGAAUUAUUUUAGUUAGCAUGGCACUUUGUAUGACACACAUAUUCUCUUUUGAACAUAUCAAUUUUAUUAGCAAAUGCUUGUGUAUUAUUUAGUAUUACAGUUUACUUAAUUACUUUAAAAUAAAAUCUCUAAUGAGGGAACAGUGUUUUACAUGGUACAUCAGUGAGUUCCAAGUGCCACUGAGUGUGUAACCUUGUGUAGGUGAAUGUUUAAGUACAAUACAUCUCAUAUAUAUUGGACUGUUUUAUAACUGCAAUAAACUGCUAUUUUCUACCUA